AAAUUAAGAAAAUUAAAAACAGUCCAAUUUUUAAGGACUAACAAGACAUUUUCUGCUACAUAGUAUUGAUAAACUCACUCAGUUUGUUAGAUAAUCCUUUACUUUUUGGCACUGCACAUUGCCUUAAUCCUUUCGCUAUUUUGGUCAAGGGGCAUUGUAGUACCCAACAUAUGAAAAAAUAGAAAUCCAUACACAGACGACACUACAAGAACAACAGUAACUACAUCAACCAACAAAAUGGCCAAACCACCCUCCGAUACCAAUGGUCUGGGCUAUGCCUACCACUUGCCCUCGGGCGGCCUAUUGUUGCGCCUAAAGAACUCCUUAUCACAAUUUAGCGAUUUAUUCAGUGAAUUCAAUAAAUACAUAGCACCUGCAUAUCAUCAUGAUCGCUGUGAACGCUCCGUCCACAUGCGUUUGUACUCGAUGCAUAAGCGUGAAUUUGUUAUGGUCUUUUUGGGUUUUUUCACCUGCUUUGGCCUGGGCAUAAUCAUAGGCCUGACGGGACCACCGAUAACCAGCACAACUGAAAUAACCGCCAAAACCAUAUUGAAUCGCACCAGUUUGGCUAACUCAUCGAAUGUUUUGGCCACCGGACCGUUUGCCAUGAAAUCGCCCUUGAUGACAACGUAUUCGCAGCAGCUGUGGCUGAUUGCUAAACUGGUGACGAACAACAAUGACGACGAGAAAUACGACAAACGAUUUUAUGUCAGCGUUGCAAUCGAUGGCAUUACUGAACAGCACAAACCCCUGAGUAUACUCUCCUCCACCAAUCUGCACAAUCGAACCAGACAUUUGUCCUGUAUACGAAACGAUUGUGAGGAAUUCACUGUUAUGCAUUUGGGAUUUUUGGAAUAUGCCCAUUAUAUAAUUACCGUAAGAUUUUUCGGCUUGGAAUCAUUUCAUCAGAAAUAUAAUAUAACUGGAAUAACAUUCUAUUUCAAAACCUACAGUCCAGAAUUUACCCAAAUUGAAAUAUGGUUCCGUUUUAUAUUUCUUCUAUUUGCCUUUAUUGUUAUAUGCUGGUAUGCCCACAGUUUGAGAAAAUAUCCCAUAUAUGAUUGGUCAAUAGAACAAAAAUGGAUUUCGGUUCUGCUUCCUUUGUUGUUGUUAUACGAUAAUCCUUUCUUCCCUUUGAUUUUCCUUAUGAACUCAUGGCUGCCCGGAAUGUUGGAUGCCGUUCUGCAGGCUACAUUUUUAUGUGCCCUUCUUAUGUUUUGGCUAUGUAUUUACCAUGGAUUGCGACAGAAUGAACGAAGAUUCUUGAGAUUUUAUUUGCCAAAACUUAUUGUGGUAAUGCCCAUAUGGUUGUGUGCCAUAGUCUUGGCCACAUGGGAGAAAUGCAACGAAUUGAAGGAUCCUACCUAUAGUCAUUUUGUGGAUACAAAAAAUUAUAAUGGGUUUAAAAUGUUUUUCUACAUUGCGGGCUGCAUGUACAUGUUAUACUUGGCCAUGUUAAUAUUGCGGGCAUAUACAGAACUUAGAUCAAUGCCAUUUUUUGAUAUGCGUUUGAAAUUCCUCACUCUUCUAAUGCUAUUCGUAAUAUCCAUAACGGUUACCGUGACCACAUGUCGCUUUGGUUUUGGCAUUUUGGAGGAUAACUUUGUGGCAACUCUAAAUACCACAUAUCGCAGUUCAGCUCAGUUUAUGUGUUUCUAUGGUCUAUUAAAUUUCUAUUUAUUCACCAUGGCUUACGUUUAUGCUCCAAAUGGUCGAUUUUCCCAAGCCGAAAUAUCUGUUACCAAGGAUAAUCCUGCUUUCUCAAUGAUUAACGAUUCCGAUGAAGAAGUUGUCUAUGGUUCAGAGGAUGAAUCGCGACGUCCUCUAACUGUAGCGGGUAAAAACGAUUAUGAUAGUGAUUAGUUACAUAUUUGAAAAUCAAAUAUGGCAAAGAAACACAAAUCCCACAAAUCUCCCUAAUGUAAUCCUAAAUCUAUCUAUGUUUUCAAUUUAGAAAUUGUAUGUAGGCUAUCUCUAUCUCCCCUUUCCCUAUUUCUCUUAGUAUAAACUUGUAUAACCAUAAGUUUCUCUACCCAUGUUUAAUAUUUCUUCUCUUUUAAUCUAAAAGUUGUACAGUUAUUUUUAAAAUUGGUUUUAAAGUUCUUGUUUUUAUCAAAUUAAACCGAAAUCCGAGUUUUUAUCGCAUACAUUGCUGUAAUAGUUAA